AUGGGGUUAACAGAGAGAACGGGGCUCUGUUAGUGGUUAACAGGGUAAAGUAAUAGUAAAUCGUAACUAACAGCCCCAGAGCAUGAACUUACCCACUUGCAACCCCAAAGGAGCCCGUGAGCGGGAGAAAAUUACCCGUUUUUCAGUGUCAUUUCACAGAAAAAUCGAUUCCCCGCACACUGGGUACUGGGCAUUGGGUUCUGGGUUCUCUGGGCCACUCUGCUCUGGCACACUGAGCACCGAGCUCUGGCAGUUGGGUAGAAAUCAGAGUACAAACCAGCAGCGCGACCGAGAUGACCCACUUUUCGGUUUUCGCACUGAGACCCAACUGCUACCCACAGAAAGUGGACAACUAGGCGGAGUUUUUUUCUAUAUAAGUAGCAGUUUAAACGAUCGCGUUUUUCGGAUAAUUAUGUACAGCCUACGUAGCCUAGUGUAAACUCUAUGCAUUUAUGUGAAUUUCCCAGCGCAAACGUGGAAGACGAAAACAGGCGACCUGAAAAAGCAGCAGCAGCAGCAGCAGCAGCGAGCAAGAAGCAGAAGCACAAGCAGCAAAAAAGUCGUCCGAGGGGCAGCCACAGCAUGCCGUACGAGUCGAUGCACCAUCAUCAGUCGGCGGCCGCUGCCGUGGCCGCUGGCACAGCCCCCAACGGAAUGCUGGACGCCCUCAGUCUGCAGCUGCGCGAUGCGGAAAUGCGGCGCACAGAGAUCGAGCGGGCGCAUCAGGAAACCCUGGCACAAAUACGAAAUCUAAGCGGAAGCGCACGUCCCGAUGCCGAGGCGGUUGAGAAUCUGCAGUCGAGAGCCCGGGAACUGGAAAAGAAGGUUGCGCUGGAAAAUGUGCGCUGCGAGGAGCUGCAAAUCGAACUGACCUCGGCUCUGAAGGCCAAACAGGCGUCCCGCUCGGUCUGCUCUGGAAUGGUCGGCGUGUCCUCCGGAGGCGGAGCCACCAUUCCUACAUCAGCCAGCAGCUCCACCGUCACUUGGGCACCGACAAUCAGUCACCAGGACCAAGGCUCCGAGAUUGAUAUCAUAAUGGCAAAGAUUGAGCAGGAUAAUCGCGUGCUGGCCGAGCUGGAGCAGCCUCGCACCUCGGCCAGCGCCAGCAUGUCAGCAUUGCCGCCCAGUUCCAUGUUGAGCACGGUAAAUAGCGAAUUUAGAACCAUAUCAAAGAGUGAACUCGAAGAAGAACUGAACCGUUAUAAAAGGGCCGUUCUUGGCGGAAGUGGCGGAGGUGGUGGCGUUUCAGCUCUCUCCUCCGGCUAUUCAAGCCUGCCGCAGUCGUUGGCCUCUACGCUGCCCAAUGGCGGGGCAAGCACCAGCCUAAGCGGUACCAGCCUUGGCUCGCACAGCGUGGCCGCUGCUGCUGCCGUUGCCUCUGCUGGAUCGGGGGGUGUGACUGGGGGUGGUGGAACGGGAGGUUUAUCAUCCAUAUCGGCCCUGGUGCCCAACUCAAUCAGCGGCAUAUCCUCGAGUCUAAGCAGCCAUGCCAUACAAUCGAUGCAGUACGGAACCGGACAAACGUCCGUGGAGAAGCUGCUGAGCGGAACUAGUGGAAUCACUGGGAUUCCACCUCUGCCGGUAAAUAUUCACACGAUGAAGGCUAUGCCAACGGCAUUAAGUCAGCGCGGAACAAUACAGCUGUACAAUUUGCAGAGCACAACCAUGCCCCUCCUGUCACUCAACUCGCAUAACCUGCCGCCCGCCGGCUCGACCAGCUACUCGGCCCUGGGCGCCGGCGGCGGCACCUCGCUGACGCAUCCAACCAAUCUGGCCAAUCUUGGCCUGCUGGACACUGGCGCCCUCUUGGGUGCCACCGGUCUGAGCGGUUUGGGCGUGGGACCCGGUGCCGGUGGCAUUACCGGUGCCACAUCACUAUACGGUUUGAGCGGCGGCGGAGGUGCCAGUGGUCUGGGCAGCUCCUAUGGUCCGCCCUUCCUGGACGUCGCCUCGAGCGCCUCGUAUCCAUUCACUGCGGCAGCCCUGAGACAGGCUUCCAAAAUGAAGAUGCUAGACGAGAUCGAUAUACCGUUGACGCGGUAUAACCGCAGCUCGCCCUGCUCACCCAUACCGCCCAGCAAUUGGGGACUGGACGAGUUCACCGACGGCCUCAGUGUCUCCAUGAUGCACAACCGCGGCGGCCUGGCACUGGGUGCCCUUGACUUGGACACUCGCAAUCAUGGGUUAAAUGGAGCCAGUGAACCGCAGGUGGAUAUGCUGGAUAUUCCUGGAAAGGGGCGCUGCUGUGUGUUCAUAGCCCGUUUUCCAUAUGAUCCGCCAGAUGUUCAUAAUGAAUUCCUUUCCAUGCCUUGCAGGGAGGCUGAGGGCGAGCUCUCCCUGUGCGCCGGCGACUAUCUGCUGGUGUGGACCAGCGGGGAGCCACAAGGUGGCUACCUGGAUGCCGAACUACUGGACGGACGACGCGGCCUUGUUCCGGCCUCUUUUGUGCAGCGUUUAGUAGGCGACGACCUCCUGGAGUUCCAUCAGGCGGUGCUGUCGACGCUGCGCGAUGCCGAGGACGGAUCGAUGCAGUGCGACACCACAUCGCUACCCUCCUUGCCGCCGCACAACCCAUUGCUCACACACACCCACGAGGACCUGGCACGUUUGAGUGAGACGCACACCGAUCUGGAGCACGACCAGGACGACAUUAGCGACAAUGUUCCAGCACCCAAGCACUUGACGCUGGAACGGCAGCUGAACAAGAGCGUGCUCAUUGGCUGGUCACCGCCGGAGCCAGUGGGCUACAACCUCAUCGACAGCUACCACGUCUACGUGGACGGCGUGCUCAAGGUCACCGUGAAGGCCAACGAACGCACACGAGCGCUUAUCGAGGGCGUUGACUCCACGCGGCCGCAUCGCAUCAGCGUGCGGAGCGUGACUCAAAACCGACAGACCUCGAGGGAUGCCGCCUGCACGAUGAUCAUUGGGCGGGAUACCGCCCACCUGGGCCCCUCGGCGGUGCGCGCUUCGCACAUAACGUGUUCCUCGGCGGUCAUCUCAUGGCUGCCGGCCAACUCCAAUCACCAGCAUGUGGUGUGUGUGAACAAUGUGGAGGUGCGCACCGUCAAGCCGGGCAUGUACAGGCACACGAUCACGGGCUUGGCGCCGAGCACCCAAUACCGGGUGACCGUGCGUGCCAAGCACCUGCGGGCCGUGGGCCAACAUGCCGCGAACGUGGGCCAAACAGGUGUAGCCGGCAGACCUGGUCAGGAAGAGGCGCCCGGAGCGUACGCUGACUUCCGUACCCUGACCAAGGGACUGCCCGAUCCGCCACAGGAGAUUCAACUAGAGGCCGGCCCGCAGGAUGGUACCAUUCUGGUGACAUGGCAGCCGGUUAACAGGCCCACCUCGACGGGGCCUGUAACCGGCUAUGCUGUGUAUGCCGAUGGUAAAAAGGUCACCGAUAUCAACUCGCCCACCGGUGACCAUGCCCUCAUCGACAUUGGCAAACUGGGUGUCUUUAAUCCACGCGCCGUCACCAUUCGCACCAAAUCCCGCGACUCCCAGUCGGCAGACAGUGCGCCCAUCUUGAUACCAAAUACCGUGCGAAAUGCCGUGGCCCGAAGGGUGCCUAACCAAAUGGGCAUGGGUCCACAGUUGCCGCAGGGACCGCAUGGGAUGCAGGUGCAGCAGCAGAUGGGUGGAAUGCCUGGACUGCCGGGUCAACAAGGUCAGAAUAUGAUGGGUCAGCAGGAUCAUGGCCAGUACGAUCCCAAUCAGAUGCAGCAGCAGCAGCAGGGCAUGCAACCGCAGCCGGGUCAGCCGGGUCAUCAGCCUGACGGAGGCUCCGGAUUGUUAGGUGGCCUGCUCGGUGGCCUCUUCUCGAAACCCACACAGAAUCAAGUGAACCAGAAUGGCUAUCAACCAGGGGCACCAGGAGCGCAGCGGGGCAUGGUCCCGAUUCCGGGCAGGGCGCAGGGACCACAGCAACAGCAGCAGCAACAGCCCUACGGACCCCAGGGUUCCAUGGGUGGGCCACGCUUUCGAGGACCAGUUCCGGGCCAGCUUAAUAUGCAGGGCCAGCAAAUGCAGGGUCAAAUGCAGGGUCAGAUGCAAGGUCAGAUGGCGGGUCAAAUGCCUGGACAGAUGCCUGGACAGAUGUCUGGUCAAAUGCCUGGUCAAAUGCCUGGACAGAUGCCCGGACAAAUGCCCGGACAAAUGCCCGGACAAAUGCCCGGACAAAUGCCUGGCCAGAUGAUGGGACCACGAGGACCGCUCAAUCAGCAGCAGCAACAACAGCAGCAGCAGCAGAUGCAGCAGGGCCAACAGAUGAUGCCAGGCCAACAGCCUGGACAACAGCAGACACAACCCGGACAGCCGGGUCAGGCCGGCCAAAUGCCCGGGGCCCAGAAGAAACCCCGCUAUUUCGUGGCCAUGUUUGACUAUGACCCAUCCACGAUGAGUCCCAAUCCCGAUGGCUGCGACGAAGAGCUGCCCUUCCAGGAGGGCGAUACGAUCAAGGUAUUUGGUGAUAAGGAUGCCGAUGGCUUCUACUGGGGCGAACUGCGUGGUCGCAGGGGAUAUGUACCGCACAACAUGGUCUCGGAGGUGGAGGACACUACUGCCUCUUUGACAGCCGGCGGACAGAUGCCCGGCCAGAUGGGCCAGGGUCAGGGUGUCGGCGUGGGUGGUACUGCCCAGGUGAUGCCCGGCCAGGGAGCUCCGCAGCAGAGCAUGCGCAACGUAAGCCGCGACCGCUGGGGCGACAUCUAUGCCAAUAUGCCGGUGAAGCGGAUGAUCGCGCUCUACGACUACGAUCCCCAGGAGUUGAGUCCCAAUGUGGAUGCCGAGCAAGUGGAAUUGUGUUUCAAGACGGGCGAAAUCAUACUCGUUUACGGUGAUAUGGAUGAAGACGGUUUCUACAUGGGCGAACUGGACGGCGUGCGCGGCCUGGUGCCGUCGAACUUCCUGGCCGAUGCGCCCGAUCAGUACAACAACCAGAUGGGUCCGGGCGGUGUGGCCGGCAGAGGUGGUCUCAGCCAGCGGGGCAGGGGUCAGGGGCCAGGAGCGAGGGGUCCACCGCCCCCGCCACGUGACAACAUGAUGCCCGGAAUGGGCGGUCGCGGCCAACCGGGCAAAAAUGCUCGCCCUGCUUCCCCUACACUGUUAGACAACACGGGCCAUCCUGCCCCCGAUCACCAAACGCAGGGGAUGAUCGGUCGCGUUGGUAAUGUCGGCCUGCAGCAGCAGCAGCAGCAACAGCAGCAGCAGCAGCAACUCCAACAGCAGCAGCAGCCGUAUGGUCAGCAACAGACGCAGAUGGGACAGCAGCAGCAGCAACAACAGCAAAUGGGACAACCUGGAAUGAUGGGUCAGCAGAUGGGUCAGCCGAUGGGUCAGCAGAUGGGCCAGCAGAUGGGACAGAUGGGUCAAAUGGGUCAGAUGGGUCAACAGCAGCAACAGCAGCAACCGCCGGUAACGACACAGGCGCAAACGGGUGGCCUCUUCUCCGGUGCGACUAGCCUGCUCUCUGGUGCUACCUCGGCUGCCACCGGUGGUCUAUUUGGGUCGAAGCAACCGCCCAAGACGGAUCCAAUGCAACCACAAGGUGGUGUGCAGCCAGCGCAGCAACAAGCAAAUGCCUUCGGUGCCCAGCAGCCCGGCAUGGGUAUGCAGCAGGGGGGAAUGCAGCAGGGGAUGCAGCAGGGGAUGCAGCAGGGUAUGCAACAGGGGAUGCAACAGGGGAUGCAACAACCGGGCAUGCAACCCGGUAUGCAACAGGGUAUGCAACCCGGUAUGCAACAGCAGCAGCCACAGCAACAACAAGUGCCACCGCAAGCCCAGGCUCCGCCACAAGGACCGGGCGCCGGUCUGCUGGGCGGCCUUAAGGGUAUCGCGGCAGCGGCGCCCGGCGGCGAUGUCCUAUCGAAAGGCAAAGACCUCUUCGGAAAAUUCGGGUUCGGCUUUGGCAAAUAACCCCGGUCAUUCUAUAGGGUCCUGUUAUAUUAUUCGUAGAUUAGACUUAUUAUUACUAUUAUGAUUAUGAUUAUUGCUAUUGAUUACGGAUUACUAAGCUAAUAUAUAAAGAAAAAAAAAAACACAGACGAUGAUGAUUAGAUCGAGGAGGACAGACAAACCAAUGCUAAAGUUAAAAGAAAAACCCAUACUUUUAGGCCCAGGCUGUGGGCCAAUGUGUGUAUGUUGUUGUUGUUGUUGUUGAUAUGAAUAUGAUAUGAUAUGACUAAUAGUACUAAUGGUAAUAUUUUUUAUUAAUUAAAUUGAUAGAAAUAUUAUGAGUGACCGACAGACAACAGCAGCAUCGGCCUAACAGCUGGGCCAAAAAAAACCAAAAACAACAAAAAGCCACAAGCCCAGAUAAAUUGUUGUAAAAUUAUUUAACAAAUUGCCUGCCGGUUUAGGUGACUGCAACUCGAUAAAAGAUUCCACUAACCCAUUUAAAGGAUAAAGCUCUAUAUAAUGCAUAAACCAACACACACACACACACUGAGACACAUACAGAUGCAAUACACACUCACAUAGAUACUGAGAACACAGAUAUAUUAUACAAAAAAAAAAAAGAAAAACCAAUACAAAUACAAAAGUAAGGGAGGAGAAAUAUAUUAUAUACAUACAUUAUAUUUACAAUUAUUUGUUAACGCACAUUGUUAAAUUUGCUACUGUUGCUGACCAGUUUAUAAAUAAAAACCAAACCGGAUGGUAAGGAGGAGAAGAGAAAAGGAGUAUAGAGGAGAGAAGAUAAAGCAAACACAUAAGGUAAACUAAAACCAAAAAAAAACAUAAACAUAAACAUACAUAUAUUAUAUGUAUAUAUUUCAAAUAUAUUGAAAACUAAAUUGAGAUACACUAUAAAACUUACAUUUAUAAAUCAAAAAACAAAAACAAAAACACAACCGAAUGUUGAGCAAUGUCAGGCAGGCGAAAUGAUGAGGCCGAACCAAAAAACAAAAAACCAAAAAAAAAAAACAAAAAUAUAAAUAAUGAAGAAGAAGACGAUACAUACAUUAAAGUAAAAUAAAUAAAUCGAUAUGGUACAUAUUUACAUAUAUUCGCAUAUACUAAAUACGAUUUCGCAUUCAAAAGCCAACCUCCAAUCGGGCGCAUUUCCAAGACAAGGCGACCUUGACUUCCAGUCCAGCACAAGAAGCUAACUUUAAUCCCUUGAACAUCCCCACCCCCCAUGCCUUCUUUUCAAUCCAGUGAUAGCCGAAGCCAAAAUUUCUAUCUCUUAAUUCCUAGUAAAAACUUUCCCCCCUUUUCUCACGACUGCUCGACUCAAAAACUUCUCUUUAUUCUAUGCAACCGAAAGAAAUUUUGUUCAGUGUUUGAUGUCCAUAGAAGCCAUAUGCGAUAAAAUAUCAGUGUAACUUAAAGCAAACCAAAGACCAAGAGAGAGAUCUACUCCUACAUACAUAUAUAUAUAUAUAUAUAUAUAUAUAUAUAUGGGAUACCCAACAAAAUGGCAAAUACAAAGCAAAUAUAAUGUACUAAGCACAAGAUCGUAGCAUUAGACCCUGGAGACAUGUUCACUAAAUUCAGCAAAAAGGAGACUUUUCCACAACCUUCUUUAGCCACUUAAGCCGCCGCCCCUAUUGCUUUUCUUACCAACUUUCUAUCGCUAUCUAACCCUAACUUUUACCUAACCAAAAGUACACAUACCUUUUCGAUUGUUAUUUUAAAUACUACCAAUUAACAGAUAGUUAGUUACUCGCCUAUGCCGCAUACUUACGACUACUUCUGUUCUCCUCUCGUGGAAACUUUAUGCUUUAUUAUCCGAUACGAUCCGAUCCGAGAGAGAGAAUGAAAAUUUGCAGAUAGUCAAGGUGUUUCCUAAUGUUUGAAAAUUGCUUUGACUCAGCCCUCAUGAUACACACUCAGCAUAACACAGACAAAUACAUUGCGUACCUCUUGCUUUACGAAAAUACAAAAUACAUUCAAGAAAUGGAAAGUAUAAAGAUAACAAAAACCAAAAAAAAACAAUUAUAUUAAUGACAAAAUUUACCAAACAAAUAUAUUAAACAAGGCAUAUUUAAAGAGCGCAUAGAGAGUUGCAUAUGUACAUGUGCUUGGCCGGCAAACAAGACAACAUAAUUGUGAGCAAAUGAUUACUUUAGACACACACACUUACCACAACUGAUACAUAGUUACACUGCAAAAUGCAAAUUGCAAAUUGCAAACUGCAAUACCGAACACUGUAAAUUGUAAACUGGCAAAAACAAAAAACAUAUAGUAGAGAAGGGCUGUUAUAGCCAGAAAAUGUUGAUCGAGAAUGACUUACCGAAAUCGAAACAAGCGUUAACUUUUCCCACGUAAACGAUUUAAAUCUAACAAUCAAAUCAAGUCACUGUAUUAUUCAGCCACAUCGGAUAGACAAUUACAAUCUACAAGCCUAACUUCGGCAACCACCGAAGCCGUGAUGCCUACGUAAACCGGAAGAUAUAUCAUAUUCGAAUUUACAAGGGCACAGCGGAAAUACACACACAAAUACAAAUACAAACAGCAGACAAACACACUUACACACACACUCUCUCUAUAAUCAUUUACUAGACACCUACCUAUACAAGUAUACAAGAACAGUUUAUUUCCUCGGAAACAAAGCGAACAAUAUAGAAUAAAUGAAAUUAAAUUCCCAUUAAACACACACACUGGCAAAAAAAAAAAUGAUAAUGGCAAAAAAACGAGUACUAUGCAAUAUGAAAUGGAUAAAACAAAAACCAAAAAAACAAAAAAAAUACAAAUGAAAACCAACUAAAUUGUUAUACUGUAUUAUUAUACUUUUUCUAUAAAUUAUAAUUUCCUUAUUGAACGACAAAAAAGCGAAAAAAAUAAUAAUUAAACAACAAUUUCAAAGAAAAAAAAAUCAAAAACGCAGCAUUUCAAUUGCCUUAAUGAGGCGUUUCUUCAAUUUCAGUGAUAUUACUCAUACGACACGUA